AAGAAGAAGAAGCCCGCAACAUCGAUCAAUAUCCUGAUGUAUUUGUUAGGAUAUCGUCACUUCUGAGUCAAUAACUUUCCCCGAGGCUACUUCUAAAACCUCUUGGACAUAUUUAACGAGUACGGAACGUUACAGAAAGCAGAUAACUUCCGCUGAACAGCCUUUACUGCUUUACUUUUAGUACCGCCUCAUCGGGAGUUCGAAAGGUUAAAAUCGAACGGGCCUACGGUAGCUCGCACGGUCAAAAGCUAAAGUAACGGUUCGAAGAAACGGUCAAGAAAAACAGGUCCUAUCGUGCGAAAUUAGUUUAACUGGAUUAUUAUUCAUGUUUGGUUGUUCAUCGACAGCAGGUUAAACCGGUGAGAGACGGUUAGUUUCACUUUCUGUCGGCUAACUCCGACCUAGCCUGCCUGUGUUUAUCCGCUGUCAGAAGUCCUCUUGUCUACCAAAGGUUGAACAGCUUCCCUGUGUUGCUGCAGUCUCAAUUAUGAUGUUUAAUCGCGUUUAAAGACGUUAUAUUCCGUCAGAAGGAAAGAUGUCGGACAGCGGCGAGUUCCAAUGGACGGUGGUCGUUCUGACGUGCCAACACAAAGACAGCGUCCUCUCCUUUCAGAGAGAGCUGGAGUUGCGGCAGCAGCGUGGCUCUCUCUCUCAGGGUGCGUUGGUUUUGACGGUGAGGGACCGCCAGGAGCCGCUGGGCAGCGGGGGGGCAACGCUGAACGCUCUGCUGGUGGCUGCUGAACACCUGAGCAACAGAGCUGGACACACUGUGGUGACGGCCGACGUCCUGGAUGAUGCUCACAUCCUCAUCCUCCAUACAGGCAGGGACUUCCCGUGGGGCUCCUGCAGCAGAGCGUUCUGCUGGCUCCCAACCGAGGCCCCGGGGCCGGUCCAGGCUCCACUCUGUGUUCUGGACCUGCUGCUGCUUCGCCUCAGGGACCAGGUCUGUCCCGGAUCCCCCCCCGGAGUCUGGGUCUGCAGCACCGACUCCAUCCUGCACCUCCCUCAGGACUUUGUUUUGUCGUGGGAAGGUUUUUCCGGCGUUCGUGUUCUGGCAUUACCGGGCGACAUCUCCUACGCAGCCGAUCACGGCGUCUACCUGUCCGGCCCGCAGGGUCAUGUAAGAGACAUCAUCUACAGGGGGACGGUGGAGCAGAUUCAGCAGGCUGUGAUGCAUGAUGGGAAAGUGCCGCUGGUUUCUGGUCCGGUGUUCUUCAGCAGGUCGGUGUCAGAGAAGCUGCUGCAGACCCACGUCACCCCCCCCCUGGACGGCUGCACCUACCUGGGCAUGGACUCUGGAGCUCCGCCCCUCCAGGUCUCCUUGUUCCUGGACGUGCUGCGCUGCCUCGGCUCAGAUCUGACUCAGGAUCAGUUUGUGGACGAGGAUCGGACUGGCUGCAGUUCAGCGGUUGGACCUCAGGGGGCGCUGGUGAGGAGCGGCAGGGCGGCGCUGUGGAGGAUCCUGAGAGGAGCGGCGCUCAGUCUGGUUUACGUCCCCGGCGGUCGCUAUGACUACCUGACUCUGUCUGGACGCGGCCAUGUGGAGCGUCUGAGCCGUGAUUGGACGGACAAAAACACGCUGUCUCACAUCCAGAGAGAGAGUGUGGUGGCUGACGGAGGGCGGGUCAUCAACAGCGUGCUGGAGGGAGACGUUUCCGUGGUGACGGGAGCGGUGGUGCAACACUGCCACCUGCAGGGUCCUCUGGUGGUCCCGUCGGGCUGUCUGCUGUCGGGUCUCGAGUUGAUGACAUCACAGUACAUCAGGCAGCUGGUGGAUGACAUCAUCCUCCAGGGCCACCGUCUGGAGCUCGGGGAGCUGAGGCUGAACGUGUUCACGGUGACGGGGGCGAGGGACCAGCUGGAGGUCUCCUGUGAUGACAGCAGCGCCUCCUUCCUGAACCAGAGUUGGAGUCUCUUCUUCAGCAGAACAGGAAUCCAGCCCGAGGAGUUGUGGGCGAGGGGGGGGCGUCGCUGCCUGAUGGAGGCCCGUCUCUUCCCGGUUCUCUCCCCCCGGGGGGGUGCAGUGGGGGAGGAGGGAGGGGUGUGCUGGCUGAUGGGUGGGGGGGAGGGAGGCCUGGGGAGGUGGAGGGAGGCGUGGAGGCUCUCUCUGAAGGAGGUGCUGUCACUCACCUGUCAGGAGGCGGAGCUCCGUUGGAGGGAGGAGCUGCAGUUCCUGGGGGGGAGGAGGAGGGUGAGGGACGAGCUGAGGGGGAGGAGUCACGUCUGCCUGCUGCCUUGCUUCAGGGCCGCUGUGCAGGGGGGCCAGCAGGGGGCGCUGCUGCAGACCCUGGACAGCAUUGCAGCAGGCAGCAGCGAGCAGGGGGCGGAGUCAGAGUUGGGGGCGGAGCUUGGCGUGGCAGCUCGAUGCCUCUCAUGUAUCGCCGAUGUGUUAGUGUGCAUGGCGGGGGGGCGGGGGGGCCUGAGGAGCGGACCUGCAGCUAACGAGGCCUGGAGCCCCGCCUACUUCCUGUUGGAGGAGGGGGACCUGAGGGGCGGGGUCAGUGCACUGGCAGCGCAGAGAGAUCAUUGGCUGAGCAGGCCGGACCUGCUGGUGCGGGCUGCGCGUCACUACGAGGGCGCCGGACAGGUGCUGCUGCGACGGGCGGUGAUGUCAUCGCAGAGGUUCAUCUCCAUUGGCCAGGGGGAGGCGCCGCCACUCGGAGAGUGGCAGGAAGUGGAGUGUCCGGCCCGACUGGACCUGGCAGGCGGUUGGAGCGACACGCCGCCCAUUGCCUUCGAGCACGGCGGCUCCGUCACUAACGUUGCAGUGAGGGUAGACGGGAGGCGUCCUAUUGGAGCUCGCGCCCGCCGUAUCCCAGAGACCCGCCUCCUUUUGGUCAGCCAGAGCGGGGGACGGGACAGCGGUGUUUCCACGGAGACGGCGUGUGACAGCCUCGACGACCUGCGGGAUUACUGCCAGCCGCACGCCCCGGGAGCCCUGCUGAAGGCGGUGUGUGUGUGCAGUGGUCUGGUGUCUCUCUCCUCCCAGGAUGCACUGGGGCAGCAGCUGAUGCAGCGGUGGGGCGGGGGGGUGGAGCUGCACAGCUGGUCUCUGCUGCCGACCGGCUCGGGACUGGGUACCAGCAGCAUCCUUGCGGGGGCGCUGCUCGCUGCCGUCUACAGCUGCACCGGACAGACCUACGACACCAACUCCCUGAUCCACGCCGUGCUCCACCUGGAGCAGGUCCUCACCACAGGUGGGGGUUGGCAGGAUCAGGUGGGAGGUCUGGUGGGGGGGCUGAAGGUCGGGAGAUCCCGGGCUGGUCUCCCCCUGCAGGUGGAGGUGCAGCGUCUCUCUCCUCCUGACCACUUCCUGCUGUCUCUGCAGCAGCGCCUCCUGCUGGUUUACACCGGGAAGACCCGCCUCGCUAGAAACCUGCUGCAGGACGUGGUGCGCAGCUGGUACAGCCGCCAGCCCUGGAUGGUGCGGAGCGCUCAGCAGCUGGUGGAGAACUCGGAGCAGUGUUCCCGGGCCUGCUCCGGAGGUUCUCUCUCGGGGCUGGGGGAGUGUUUGUCUCGCUCCUGGCAGCAGAAGAAAAGGAUGGCCCCGGGCUGCGAGCCGGCCUCAGUGAGGGCUAUGAUGGAGGCCCUGGAGCCCCUGGUGCUGGGCCAGAGCCUGGCCGGGGCCGGGGGGGGGGGCUUCCUCUACCUGCUGACCCGAGAGCCCCGACAGCAGCAGGCUGUGCUGCAGGUGCUCCGAAACACACCGGGUCUGGGAGACUUCAGUGUUCACUCAGUGGAGCUGGACAUGGAUGGGAUCACAGUUCUGCCAACAUCCUGAAACGUACACACACACACACACACACACACACACACACACACACACACACACACACACACACACAC